AUGAGACAGGCUGGAGAAGUUCUCUUUGCCGAUGUUUUGCUUCUUCCUAAUGGAAUGUCGAAGGGAUGCGGGAUUGUGGAAUAUGCAACCAGGGACCAAGCACAAAACGCCGUGAAUACGCUCAGCAACCAGAGCCUGAUGGGCCGUCUUGUUUACGUUCGUGAGGACCGUGAAUCCGAGCCCCGUUUCGUUGGUGGUCCCCCACGCGGUGAUUUCGGCCCCGGUGCCCGAGGUGGAUUCGGUGGUGGUUUCGGGGGCCCCCCAGGUGGUGCUGGUGGUGGUGGCCGUCAGAUUUAUGUCUCAAACCUUCCUUUCAAUGUGGGCUGGCAAGACUUGAAGGAUCUGUUCCGCUCAGCUGCCCAGCAGGGUGCCGUCAUUCGUGCCGAUGUGCACACCGACCCUACCGGACGUCCUAAGGGCUCUGGCAUCGUUGCUUUUGAGUCUCCCGAUGAUGCGCGCAACGCCAUUGCGCAGUUUAACGGAUAUGAUUGGCAGGGUCGUCCCCUUGAAGUUCGUGAAGAUCGUUUCGCUGGCGGUGGCCCUGGCUUUGGUGGUCGUGGCGGCUUUAAUGGUGGCUUUGGCGGUCGUGGCGGUUUCGGCGGUCCUAUGGGCGGCCGUGGAGGCUUUGCUGGUCGCGGUGGCUUUGGCGGCGGCUUCGGUGGACGUGGCGGCUUCGGUGGUCCCCCUGGUCCCCCUGGCGGCCACGGUGGUUUCCCCGGUGGAUUUGACCAGGGUGCCCCUCCUGUUCCCUCGGGGCCUCCCAACCCUUUCACUGACUAUGCCACUUCCAACGGCGAGAAGAGCGCUGUCAUCUAUGUUCGCAACUUGCCCUGGUCCACUUGCAACGAAGACCUGAUUGAUUUGUUCUCCACCAUCGGAAAGGUUGAGCGCGCUGAGAUCCAGUAUGAGCCAAACGGCCGCUCCCGCGGUACUGGUGUCGUUCAAUUCGAUAGUCCCGACACCGCUGAAACUGCAAUUGCCAAGUUCUCCGGCUACCAGUACGGUGGUCGUCCUCUGGGCAUCACCUUCGUGAAGUACAUGAACGCUGGUCCAGGUCCCGAAGAAAUGAUGGAAGGUCAAGAGCCAACCAAUCUGACCCAGGACCAGAUCAUGUAA